GUUUCCAAAAUGGGGCUUGAAAGUACUAUGGUCUGUGUGGACAACAGUGAAUACAUGAGAAAUGGAGACUUUCUACCCACGAGGCUACAGGCUCAACAAGAUGCUGUCAAUAUCGUCUGCCACUCCAAAACACGGAGCAAUCCAGAAAACAAUGUGGGCCUAAUCACUAUGGCAAAUAACUGUGAGGUCCUGACCACACUGACACCAGAUACUGGCCGCAUCCUGUCCAAACUCCACGCUGUCCAGCCCAAAGGAAAGAUCUGCUUCUGCACGGGCAUCAGAGUGGCUCAUCUGGCCCUGAAGCACAGACAAGGAAAAAACCACAAGAUGAGGAUCAUUGCCUUUGUUGGGAGUCCUGUGGAGGAUAAUGAGAAAGAUCUUGUUAAAUUGGCAAAGCGCUUGAAAAAAGAGAAAGUGAAUGUGGAUAUUAUCAACUUUGGAGAAGAGGAGUUGAACACAGAGAAGCUGACUGCUUUUAUAAACACUCUAAAUGGAAAGGAGGGGACAGGCUCCCACCUGGUUACAGUCCCCCCAGGGCCCAGUCUGGCUGAUGCCCUGCUCUCCUCUCCCAUCCUGGCUGGUGAGGGAGGCUCCAUGGGUCUUGGUGCCAGCGACUUUGAGUUUGGUGUAGAUCCCAGUGCUGACCCAGAGCUUGCCCUGGCUUUACGUGUAUCAAUGGAGGAACAGCGACAGAGGCAAGAGGAAGAGGCCCGCAGAGCUGCUGCAGCUUCUGCAGCCGAGGCAGGCGUGCCCACACCCAGCGCAGAUGAAUCAGAGGAGGCUUUAUUAAAGAUGUCAGUAUCUCAGCCUGAGACUGGUGCAGCAGUGCUUCCUGACUUCAGCAGCAUGACAGAGGAGGAGCAGAUAGCCUACGCCAUGCAGAUGUCUCUCGCUGGAGGAGAGUACGGUGAAAUGGACACAGGAGCUCCCAUGGACACUGCAGAAUCAACCAAGGAGGAAGAUGACUAUGAUGUAAUGCAAGACCCAGAGUUCCUCCAGAGCGUGUUGGAGAACCUUCCCGGUGUCGACCCGAACAAUGAGGCCAUCCGCAACGCCAUGGGCUCCCUGGCCUCCCAGACAGGAAACAAGCCAGAUGGCAAAAAGGAUGAAGAGAAGAAGAAAUGAGAUGAAUGAGAGACUUCAGACACUGACUAGAGGAAAAAAAAAAACAAUUGCAGACUAAUGCAGGAUUACUUUAAUAUACGAAAAAGAUGGCUGAUGCAUCAUCUGUCUGACGACCCAGCAUGAGACAGCACUCUUGUAAUAAUAUACAAAUGUUUUCUGUCAGACACUCAAAAGCACCAAUAUAAAAUAAAAAAAAAAUAAAAAAAACCUGAAUAUGACUAUUGAGUGUCAAAUCUGACUGCCCCCCCCAAUAUCUCAAAUUGAUUUAUUAUCUUUGAAAUGUAAUAUGGGUCUAUUCUCAGAUUACCUUACCUUUCUCUACUUGGUAUAAUUACUCAUUUACCUACCAGAAGGGGGAAGGAUUUGUGAUGACAGGUACCCUUAACAGUUAUCCACACUCCUGUCAUGUUUUUGUGUUUUUUUGCAAUAAAAGCUAUGUC